CAGCAGAGACGGAUACCUGUCGAGCAGAGACUGUAGCUAUCACUUCUUGUUUUUGCUUUUCAAACUACUUCGAUCGAGGUUUUCGGAGAAAUGGGGCCGGCGUUUGAUCCGAACUAAACUUCCAAUCUUAUAAAUUUCUUGAAGCCGUUUCUUGAUUCCAGCCAGUAUCAAGUCUUAUUGAGUUUUCAACUUGAGAGUUGCUGUGGUUUGUAUCCAGAUCUGGGUUCCAUGGCUUCUUCAAGGCCUAAUGAAUCUUCCAGCAAUUCUGCUAGAUCAAAGCACAGUGCUAGAAUCAUUCAGCAAACAACUGUUGAUGCAAAGCUCCAUGCCAAUUUUGAGGAAUCCGGUGAAUCGUUCGAUUAUUCAAGUUCGGUUCACGUUAGCAGCACGGUUGGUGGUGGAGAACAACCGCGUUCCGAUAAGGUAACCACCGCGUAUCUGCACCACAUUCAAAAGGGCAAGUUGAUUCAACCUUUUGGAUGCUUAUUGGCUCUAGAUGAAAAAAGUUUCAAAGUAAUUGCCUACAGUGAAAACGCUCCCGAAAUGCUUACCAUGGUAAGCCAUGCGGUUCCCAGCGUCGGAGAAAAUCCGCUUCUUGGGAUCGGCACAGACGUAAGAACGAUAUUCGCCGGCCCGAGUGCAACCGCCUUGUUUAAGGCCUUAGGAUUUGGGGAGGUUUCAUUACUAAAUCCGAUAUUGGUUCACUGUAAAACUUCCGGAAAGCCAUUUUACGCCAUCAUCCAUAGGGUUACCGGUAGUUUGAUAAUAGAUUUUGAGCCCGUUAUGCCUUAUGAAGUCCCGAUGACUGCCGCUGGUGCCCUCCAAUCUUACAAGCAUGCAGCCAAAGCCAUAGCUCGGUUACAAUCUUUGCCAAGUGGUAGCAUCGAACGGCUCUGUGACACGAUGGUCCAGGAGGUUUUCGAGCUCACGGGCUAUGAUCGAGUCAUGGCUUACAAAUUUCAUGAUGAUGAUCAUGGUGAGGUGGUUGCCGAGAUCACUAAACCUGGGCUCGAUCCGUAUCUUGGCCUUCAUUAUCCGGCUACAGAUAUACCUCAGGCUGCACGGUUCUUGUUCAUGAAGAACAAGGUUCGAAUGAUUUGCGAUUGUCGAGCCAAAAACGUGAAAGUUCUUCAAGAUAAGAAACUUGCGUUUGAUUUAACGUUAUGCGGGUCCACGCUCCGGGCCCCACAUAGUUGCCAUCUCCAGUAUAUGGAGAACAUGACCUCCAUUGCGUCUUUGGUGAUGGCGGUCGUGAUAAACGACAUGGAUGAAGACGGAGAAAACUCUGAUCCGGCUAUGAAUCCACAGAAAAGAAAGAAACUUUGGGGUUUGGUCGUUUGCCAUAACACGACUCCAAGAUUCGUACCGUUUCCCCUUCGGUAUGCAUGUGAGUUUCUGGCUCAAGUUUUUGCCAUUCACAUCAACAAAGAACUCGAACUCGAAAACCAGAUUCUUGAGAAGAAUAUCCUGCGGACGCAAACCCUUUUGUGUGAUUUGCUAAUGCGAGAUGCACCAUUAGGGAUCGUGUCACAGAGCCCCAAUAUCAUGGAUCUUGUUAAAUGUGAUGGGGCCGCUCUCUUAUACAAAAACAAAGUCUACCGAAUGGGUGUUAGCCCCACGGAAUCUCAGAUUUACGAUAUAGUUUCGUGGCUAUAUGAAUACCAUAUGGAUUCCACGGGAUUGAGUACAGAUAGCUUGUAUGAUGCUGGAUAUCCCGGGGCUCUUGCUCUUGGUGAUGUGGUUUGUGGGAUGGCAUCUGUUCGGCUAAGUGAAAAAGAUAUUCUUUUCUGGUUCAGAUCCAACACAGCUUCUGAGAUCCGAUGGGGUGGUGCGAAACACGAAAAGGGUGAAACGGAUGAUGGUAAACGGAUGCACCCACGGUCUUCGUUUAAAGCUUUCUUGGAAGUUGUGAAAAACAGAAGUUUUCCAUGGAAGGAUUUCGAGAUGGAUGCGAUCCAUUCGUUGCAGAUUAUUAUGAGGAAUGCUUUGAAAGAUAAUGACAGUGUGGAGUUGAAGACGGAUGUGAUUCAGACGACUUUUAAUGAUCUGAAACUUGAUGGGAUGCAAGAACUAGAAGCGGUCACGAGUGAGAUGGUUCGGUUGAUUGAAACUGCUUCGGUUCCUAUACUUGCAGUGGAUGUUGAUGGUCUGAUAAACGGAUGGAAUACAAAGAUAGCUGAGUUGACCGGUCUUCCAGUGGAAAAAGCUAUCGGAAGCCAUCUGCUAAAACUUGUUGAAGAUUCUUCGGUCGAUACGGUCCAAAAGAUGCUGAAUCUGGCUUUGGAAGGAAAAGAAGAGAUGGGUAUCCAAUUUGAAAUCAAAACACACGGAUCAAGGAGAGAGUAUGGACCAAUCACGCUUGUCGUGAAUGCUUGCGCUAGCCGCGAUUUACACGAAAGCGUUGUGGGUGUAUGUUGCAUUGCACAAGAUAUAACUCACCAAAAGACCAUCAUGGACAAGUUUACUCGAAUAGAAGGGGAUUACAAAGCCAUAAUCCAUAACCCAAACCCACUGAUUCCCCCAAUCUUUGGAACCGAUGAGUUCGGUUGGUGUUCUGAAUGGAACCAAGCCAUGUCAAAGUUAACUGGACUGCCAAAAGGAGAAGUGAUCGAUAAAAUGCUUUUAGGUGAGGUUUUCGGGACUCAAACAGCAUGUUGUCGGCUUAGUAACAAAGAGGCUUUCGUAAACCUUAGCAUUGUUCUUAAUAAGGCUAUGACCAGCCAAGAACCGCAAAAGAUUUCAUUCGGGUUUUAUGCGAAAAAUGGGAGGUUUGUAGAUUGCAUGUUGUGUGCAAGUAAAAGGGUGGAUAGCGAGGGUACAGUUACUGGGAUUUUUUGCUUCUUGCAGCUUGCAAGCAAAGAUCUUCAACAAGCUAUUCAUUUUCAAAGAAUGUCUGAGAAAAUUGCAGCCAAACGACUUAAAGCGUUAGCAUAUAUAAGGAGACAGAUCAAAAACCCGCUUUCGGGGAUUAUAUUUUCGAGGGAAAUGAUGGAGGGAACCGAGCUGGGAGAUAAGCAGAAGGAGCUUCUUUGCACGAGUGCUUUGUGUCAACGCCAACUCAACAAAGUACUUGAUGACAUUGAUCUUGAUAGCAUUGUGGACGGGUUUUUGGAUCUUGAAAUGACAGAGUUCACCCUCCAACAGAUCUUGGGUGCCUCGAUGAGCCAAAUAAUGACAAAGAGCAACAUAAUGGGCAUUGAAACAGUGAAUAAUGUAUCAGAUGAUAUGUUGUCACAAAAACUAUAUGGUGACAGUGUGAGGCUUCAACAAGUUCUUGCAGAUUUCUUGUCACUGUCGGUCGCUUGUACACCAUCCGGUGGUCUACUCUCCGUUGCAGCUAAUAUGACCAAAGAUCAUUUAUCCAAAUCAGUUCAACUUGUGAAUUUAGAAAUCAGGAUAACGCAUACGGGAGGUGGGGUGCCGGAGGAGCUGUUAAGGCAGAUGUUUGGAAGUAGUGCAGAUGCAACGGAGGAGGGAAUAAGUUUGGUGAUUAGCCGGAACCUAUUGAAACUUAUGAGCGGGGACGUGCAAUACCUGCGAGAGUCCACGAGAUCGACGUUCAUCAUUUCUGUUGAACUUGCAUAUGCUGGUGCUAACAUACCAUAAUCAAGAUUUCUUUCUCUCUUUUGUUGCUUUUUUUUGUAUGAGUUUUGAGUUUGUGUUUAUUUGCAAGUGUAAUGAUGGAUGUUGCCGCGUUUGGGAAUAAUAAAUUUGCAAGCCAUAGUGUUUGAUGUUUAUAAUGCA